CGCAGCUGGUGUUUAAAUGCCAGCCUUUCAGGAAAUUGACGAGCGACGGAAGUCACCAGCUCCUGGCAAGCCAGGAACUCUACUGAAGGAGACACUUUUCCACACAAAGAAGGUCGAGAGAGUCCUCCGGCAUUGUGUAGUGACAAGACCCCUAAAGUAUCACUAGCUGGGAAUUUCUCCUACCACCCCCAUGGCCUUGCUCUCAUUCCUGAGACGAGGGAAAUCAAAGCCACGGGUGCCUUCAUGCAAGGGAGCCUUUCAAAAACCCAACAAACUUCUUCAUCAGAACUACGAGACCUUGCUGGAGACAUGCUUGAAGAAUAAAUGCCUGUUCAAGGAUGAGAACUUCCCAGCUGACCUUUGUUCCAUUGGAAUGGGAUCAUUGCUGCAGAAACUGCCCCCAAAGCUACAGUGGAAGAGGCCACAUGAGCUGCAUAAAACUCCAAUAUUUUAUACUGCAAACACAAGACGGCUUGAUCUCUGCCAAGGAUUGGUUGAAAACUGCUGGUUCCUGGCCGCAUUGGAAGCGCUGACGUUCCACCAAGACAUCUUGGCCGUGGUCGUGCCGCAAAACCAAAGCUUUGAUAGGAAGUACGCUGGCAUUUUCCAUUUCCGGUUUUGGCACUUUGGUGAAUGGGUUGAUGUGGUGGUCGAUGACCGACUGCCAGUGAACGAGGCUGGUCAGCUGGUUUUUCUCUCCUCCGUUUGUAAGAAUCUCUUCUGGGGAGCCCUUUUGGAGAAGGCGUAUGCCAAGCUCUAUGGCUCCUAUGAAGAUCUGCAGAUUGGACAAGUGUCGGAAGCGCUGGUGGAUUUUACAGGCGGAGUUAAUAUGACAAUAAAACUGGCAGAGGCUCCUCCUGAUCUGUGGGAUAUACUGACAAGAGCAACCUACAGCAGAUCUCUCAUGGGUUGCCAGACGCAUUUAGGGACAGCAAGGGUCCUAGAGAAUGGGCUGGUGGCUGGCCAUGCCUACACAGUCACUGGUAUUAGAAAGGUGACUUGCAAAUAUGGACCGGAAAAUUUAGUGAGACUGAGAAAUCCAUGGGGGAAAACUGAAUGGAAAGGAGACUGGAGCGAUAGCUCUGGGAACUGGGAGCUGCUCAGCCCGAAGGAGAAGAUUUUGCUGCGGAGAAACCAAGAUGAUGGAGAAUUCUGGAUGUCUCUGCACGAUUUUAAGACCCACUUCGUAGAUCUGAUGAUCUGUAAAUUAACUCCCGACCUGAUGAGCCAGGAAGAUGGAAAGAAGUGGAUGUAUUCUCUGCAGAUUGGGAGAUGGGUCAAAGGAAGCACGGCAGGCGGCAGGAUGAGGCCCUACAAAGACACAUUUUGGAUGAAUCCCCAGUACUGGCUGGAAGUUUUGCAGGGUGACGGCAGCAAAAGGUCCCUGCAUUCCUGCAGUGUGCUGGUGUCCCUGAUCCAGAAACCCAGCAGCAAACACCGAAACCGGGCCCCUCACUUCUCCAUAGGGUUUUCCAUCUUCAAGGUGGGCCCAGAGUACCACAAAAGCAACAAAAGGCUGGCACCAGCAUUCUUUGCCUGGAACCCCUCCGUCAAUCAAAGGCAUCUCUUCCUGAACGAGCGGGAAGUGACUCAGGAUUUCCGGCUGCAGCCUGGGGUCUAUGUCAUCGUCCCCUCCACCGCGGAACCCCAGCAGGAGUCCGAGUUCAUCCUGCGGGUCUUCUCCAGGAAACACGUCCUUCGCGAAAUGGGCGGAAAUUCAAGUUUCAUCCUUUCCAAGGAAAUAAUUGAUAAACAUGAAGGCAAGAUUUGGGAGGAUUUCUUCAAUAAGCAUUUUGAACAACAUCCUGAAAUAAACGCUGUGCAACUCCAGAGGAUCCUGAAUAAUGUUGCCUGGACACAUCUCCAGAGCUUUCGGCUGAGGUUUAGUCUGGAUGCCUGCCAAGGUAUCCUGGCACUGCUGGAUCUUAAUGCCACUGGCACACUGAGUAUUCAGGAAUUCAGGGUCCUGUGGAAGAGGCUGAUUUUCUAUCUGGAAGUUUUCCAGAAGAAAGAUGUUGAUAGAUCAGGAAAUCUGGACUUAGUGGAAUUGCAUGCAGCUGUGCAGGAGACAGGUAUUUCGCUCAGCAACGAAGUCUGUAACCUAAUGGCGAUUAGAUACGGCAACCCUGACCUGAAAAUCAGCUUUGAGAGCUUCGUCUGCUUCAUGCUGCGAGUGGAGAUCAUGGGGGAGGCCUUUCGGAACUUAACUACAGACGGCAAAGGGAUAUAUCUCCAGGAAGCUGAGUGGAUGAUGAUGACUCUCUAUUCUUAAAGCAAAGCAGUGGAGGAGGAAGGAAUUGGACUUAGACACACUGGCCCCUCCCAGGACAUGGAGGGUUGUUCCUUAUCAACUUGCUGGAUACUUUGGGCCAAUCCUGCAAUCCCCACUCAUGCGAGCAGUCCUUGGUCAGCCAGUGGGGUGGCUUAAAUGCGUUAGGACAACUGAAGUGAAUACAGGUUGCUGGAUCAGGCUCUUUCCAUAUGGAUAGAUUUUAUCCCAUGAGGAUCUACUUUUAUGAACAGAUUGGAUCUAAAGACCCGAGAUGCGGUGAAAUGAAGAUUGGCUUUUAUUUUUAAUGCAUCAUUUCAGACACCUCUGAGAAUCCGCUCUUAGAAUGGGACUGCAGAGUUGUGGAUUCACUGAGAGACCAGGGUGACACGUAGUUCUUAUAACUAGCAAAGCUACCAGGAUGAAAAGUCCCGUAUUGGAUGCCCUGAAUCUGUAAGGCUCCCCAUAGUUUUCAGGUUGAUUGUAGUUGGACACUUACAAUUAGUAAUAGUUGUGUAUAUUGUGGUAAUGCCCAAAGGCUCCAGCUAGGACUGGGCCAACACUAUCCUGGGCGAUGGACAAACCUAGAAAACAGACGAUCCCUGCCCCAAAUGGCUUAUGUGCUAAAGAUGCAAACACAUUCAAAUUCCACAACCCCUCCAGGCAAAUGUAAUCCAGGUCCCUUCCUCCCUCCAAGGGUAAAAAGAAUCACUAAAAACUAUUAAUGAGUUUGGAAGCUGAAGUCUAAGCUUUAGGGCCAGAUCCUCAGGUGGAAUUUGAAGUCAAUCGACCUAUGCUCAUUAUGCCAGUUGAUGAUCUGGCCCCCUUAUUGGUUGUUUAGGGCUGAGACAUCAUUGUUUGCAUAAGAAGGUGGGUAAUGACUUCCAGUUACAGACGGCAAAGGACAGUGAAGGACUGUUUGGUGCAAUAACAGCGUUCUAAGCAUUAAUGUCACUAUUUUCCAAUUUAGUAGAAGAAUUUGUGUGCAUUGAGCAGUCUGAGCAUUUGUUAUCGAUGACGUAGAUACCCAUAGGUGAGGUCUAAUUAUGGACUUGCUUUGUCUAAAUAGUGGGAAUUGUGUGUGGAUUUGAGAUCAGAAU